AUGAGGCACCUGCUCUGGGCUGGCUGCUUCCAGCUGCUGCCCUGGCAAGCUGGACCCUGCACUCGCAAGCUGACGACUGCAGUGACCAGUGCAGUGGCUACCUCACACUGCGGCCCGUGGCUCCUGGCUCCUCUGGCCACCUCCAGCUCCUCACCCAGUGUGUCCAAGGGGUUCCUCCAGCCCCCCAUCCUGGGGAGCAGGGCCCCUUGCUGCUGGGGCUCACAGUUCAACGUGCCUCCCAGUGCCCUGCUCGUGGCCCGGCCCGUGGGGGUCUGCUCCAUGAUGAGACUCCCCGUGCAGGCGUCGGCGCAGGGACUGGACGCGGCGUUUGUCGGUGUCCCGCUGGACACAGGUACAUCCAACCGGCCGGGAGCCAGGUUCGGCCCACGUCAGAUCCGCGCGGAGUCGGCCAUGGUGAGGAGGUACAACGGCAGCACCGGGGCAGCGCCUUUCGACUCCCUGCGGGUCGCUGACAUCGGGGACGUGAACGUGAACCUCUACAACCUGCCCGACAGCUGCCGCCUCAUCCGAGAGUCCUACCAGGAGAUCGUGGCCUCUGGCUGUGUGCCCCUCACCUUGGGUGGAGAGCACACCAUAACGUACCCAAUCCUGCAGGCCCUGGCAGCAAAACACGGUCCCGUGGGCCUGGUGCACGUGGAUGCUCACACGGACACCGGGGACACGGCCCUGGGGGAGAAGAUCUACCACGGGACCCCGUUCCGGCGCUGUGUGGAGGAGAGGCUGCUGGACUGCAGCCGCGUGGUGCAGAUCGGCGUCCGAGGCUCCUCCUACGACCCCGACCCCUACGAGUACAGCCGGCAACAGGGUUUCUGGGUUGUCCCAGCUGAGGAGUGCUGGAUGAAGUCCCUGGAGCCGCUGAUGGGGGAGGUGAGGGCCCAGAUGGGGGACAAGCCCGUGUACAUCAGCUUCGACAUCGAUGGAUUAGACCCCGCGUACGCCCCGGGCACCGGCACCCCCGAGAUAGCUGGGCUCACACCUGCACAGGCUUUGGAGAUUAUUCGUGGCUGCAAAGGCCUGAACAUAGUGGGGUGUGACCUUGUGGAAGUCGCACCAAUGUACGACGUCUCUGGUAACACAGCCCUCCUGGGUGCAAACCUACUGUUUGAGAUGCUGUGUGUUCUCCCAGGAGUGAGGACACUGUGAGGGUAGUUCCUGCCUGCUCCAGGACAACGCUGCUCCAUGUCCCCAGCCGGGCUUUCCAUGUCCCUUUCCCCUCAUCCAGCUGCAGCCAACGUGGGCUUUGCAGCACAGAAUAAAUGCCAUUUUCCACUA